UUCCUUGGAAACAGGUCACCUGGCAACGCAGCGCAAAUGCAAAAAAGUUAUUCUUCACUUCCCCUGUGUGGCUGUUGUUAUGCGGAGACUCCGUUCACUACAAUCUUGUGUCGGAUCGCAGUGUUUUUAAAAUCAGGUAUCACCAAUUCUCCACAAAAUGUCUUCGGAAGUUUUAGUGUCCAGACCCCAUUUCGACAGCAGGUCAGUUGCCCAAGCAGGCGAUCCGCUCCCGCCCACAGACGCAGAGGCCACAUUCAUGGAGGACUUGCAUCCCUCCUCCGGCUUGGCUACCGCGGGGUACCGUUCAGCCAAGUACAGCGCGGAGGAAUGGCACGUCAAUAACUUCUCUACCCUUAACCAGGCCGUUAUAGACCGAAACAACGCCGAGAGGAUUCGCCAUGAGUCCAAAACACUGUAUACGGAGACCGAGGCUGGGACUCUGCGCACCCAAGCUGAGGGGACGCGGCACCUAGGCGAGAGACUGCAGGAUAUCCACUUCUGGAAGUCGGAGCUGCAGCAGCACAUCGAAAAGCUGUUGGCCGAGACAGACCUCCUCCUGCGUCAAAAGAGAAGGCUGUUGAAGGCGCUGGACGCCACCGAGAUCCCGUUCGCCAUCGCCACGGAUAACCUAACCUGUCGGGAACGGCGGCUGGGGCCCGACCUGAUUAAAGACCGCGUAGAGGAGGAGCUGCUUAAGGAAGUGGAGUUGAUCAGGAGCAUCCAGGCUCUGUUGAAGAGAACGCUGAGUCAGGCUGUCAAUCAAAUAAAGUGAGUGACACAAUUA